UUUGUUUUGGGUCGAAGUUGAGGCCGGAGCGGACGCGGUGGCGGCGGCGCCGGGCGGAGGCCGCGCUCCGGCAGCCCCGCAGCCCCGGGCCCCGCGCCCCCCGCCGCCCCCGCGCCGGCCCCGCCAUGCGCAGGGAGAUGAACGGGGUCACUAAGAGCCGCUUUGAGAUGUUCUCAAACAAUGAUGAAGCUGCCAUCAACAAAAAACUGCCCAAAGAGCUGCUGCUUCGAAUUUUCUCUUUCCUGGAUGUGGUCACUCUGUGUCGUUGUGCUCAAGUUUCCAGGGCCUGGAAUGUUCUGGCCCUGGAUGGCAGCAACUGGCAGAGAAUUGACCUGUUUGAUUUCCAGAGGGACAUUGAGGGCCGAGUGGUGGAGAACAUUUCCAAGAGGUGUGGGGGGUUCCUGCGCAAGCUGAGCCUGCGGGGCUGCCAGGGCGUGGGGGACAACGCCUUGAGGACCUUUGCCCAGAACUGCAGGAACAUUGAAGUGUUGAACCUCAAUGGUUGCACCAAGAUCACAGACACCACCUGCACCAGCCUCAGCAAGUUCUGCUCCAAACUCAGGCACCUGGACCUGGCCUCCUGCACCUCCAUCACCAACCUGUCCCUGAAGGCACUCAGCGAGGGAUGCCCGCUGCUGGAACAGCUCAUCAUCUCCUGGUGUGACCAAGUGACCAAGGACGGGAUCCAGGCCCUGGUCAGGGGCUGUGGGGGGCUCAGGGCCCUGUCCCUCAAGGGCUGCACCCAGCUGGAGGACGAGGCCCUCAAGUUCAUCGGUGCCCACUGUCCUGAGCUGGUGACCCUGAACCUGCAGACCUGCCUGCAAAUCACAGACGAUGGGCUGAUCACCAUCUGCAGGGGCUGCCACAAGCUGCAGUCCCUGUGCGCCUCCGGCUGCUCCAACAUCACCGACGCCAUCCUCAACGCCCUGGGCCAGAACUGCCCCCGCCUCCGAAUAUUAGAAGUGGCAAGGUGUUCCCAGCUGACUGACGUGGGCUUCACCACCCUGGCCAGGAAUUGCCAUGAGCUUGAAAAAAUGGAUCUGGAAGAGUGUGUCCAGAUAACAGACAGCACACUAAUCCAGCUUUCCAUACACUGUCCACGGCUGCAGGUCCUGAGCUUGUCCCACUGCGAGCUGAUCACGGACGACGGGAUCCGUCACCUGGGCAACGGCGCCUGCGCCCACGACCGGCUGGAGGUGAUCGAGCUGGACAACUGCCCCCUGAUCACUGAUGCCUCCCUGGAACACCUCAAGAGCUGCCACAGCCUGGAGAGGAUAGAGCUGUACGACUGCCAGCAGAUCACACGGGCUGGGAUCAAGAGACUCAGGACCCACCUGCCCAACAUCAAAGUCCACGCCUACUUCGCGCCGGUGACCCCCCCGCCCUCGGUGGGCGGCAGCCGCCAGCGCUUCUGCAGAUGCUGCAUCAUCCUAUGACACUGGCAGCUCCUCCCUGCGCCCCAGCAGUCCCGGGGACAGCCGAAGCUCGGAGCAAAAGCAUCCCGGUGUCAUUGCAGGGCCAGCGAGCGGGGCUGGGCUGCCCUGGGAUCCCUGCGAGCGCGGCCGGGCUGUGCCGGCCCCUCCCUGCCCGCUCCGGCCUCGCCCCCGCCCCUUCCUGCUGGGAAUUCCCGGGAAAAGCCCGGCAGGAAGGAGGGGAGGGCUCCCGGCCUGGAGGGACUGAUGCUGCUGCUGAGGUUGGGAAAGGAACUGAGGUCCUUGGAAUGGGGAGAGGAGAGGAGAGGAACGUGCUUGAACCCUGAAAUCCCAACAGACCUGAAAACCCCAACGAGUUCCAUGUCUGUCUGUCAGGGAGGGGAUGGAACAGCAGCUGCUGAUUCCCCUGGGGUGCAGGAUUCCCUGGGGUGCAGGAUUCCCUGGGAUUCAGGAUUCCCUGGGAUUCAGGAUUUCCCUGGGAUUCAGGAUUUCCUGGGAUUCAGGAUUUCCUGGGAUCCAGCAUUCCCCUGGGAUUCAGGAUUUCCUGGGAUCCAGCAUUCCCCUGGGAUUCAGGAUUUCCUGGGAUCCAGCAUUCCCCUGGGAUUCAGGACUUCCUGGGAUCCAGCAUUCCCCUGGGAUUCAGGAUUUCCUGGGAUCCAGGAUUCCCCUGAGCUCCAGGAUUUCCCUGGGAUCCAGGAUUCCCCUGAGCUUCCCUGAGCAUGCUCACAUGAAGGCUCAUCUUUUUUCCUGUGUCUGUGGCAUCCAGCUCAGAGAAUUCCCAGAUUCUCCCCAGAUUGUUGUGCUAGAGCUUGGAAUUUCUAAUGCCACAAAUUUUACCCUCCCCAAAUCCUGGGGAGGCAGUUUUCUCUGUUUUUUGGAGUUUGUUUUUUUUUUUUAAAUUUUAAUUUUUUUCCAAAUUUCUGACUUAGUCAUUUCUUGAGAUUUCCCAGGCAAAGCCACAAAUCCAUAAGGAAUUUUUUUUUCCCCAGGAGAAGCCUGAGCCUGUGCUGAGCUGUCAGGAAGAUUUGAAAGGAGCACAGGGAGCUGCACCCCAGGCUGGGCUCUCCUGGGCUCCCUCACCUGUGUGAUCAGGGAUUGGGUGUCCCAAAUUUAUCCCAAAUCCAGCUUUUAUCCCAAUGACAAGGACAGAAUUCCCCAUACAGGGAAUGAUACACAUACAAAUUUACAAUUCUCAGUACAGGGGGGAAUUCCUGAUCCAUGUCCUGUGAGUCCCCUCCAUCCUUUCCCCAAGGAAAAGCAAAGCUGAGGUUUUUUCCUUGUUGCCCUGGUGAAGAAUUAAGGAUUCCCUGCUGGAGCAGGGCUGGGAUCCCUGUGGGUGCUGGGGCUCCUCCCACCCUCCCCACCUGCACAGGUAAGUGCUGCCCUGGGAGGAGCCCAGGCUGGGUUUGGAUGGGCCAGGCCCAGCUCUGGGGGAGGGGAGGGGGGGUCAGUGGCUGCUUUUUUUUGGGGUGUUUCAGGCAAAAUCUGCACAGGGGCUCCAGGGGAGCCCAGACUGAGCUGCAGGGCCCAGUGUGGAACUGCUGGGCAGAUCCCAAAGGGUUAAAGGGGCAGGACUGGGGGAGCUGUGUCUGUCACUCCUGCUGGGGGAAGAGCAGCUGCAGCACCUGGAAUGGCUGAUUUGGGGUCUGGAGAGGGAAUUUCCCACCAGGAAUGGCUGAUUUGGGGUCUGGGGAGGGAAUUUCCCACCAGGAAUGGCUGAUUUGGGGUCUGGAGAGGGAAUUUCCCACCUGGAAUGGCUGAUUUGGGGUCUGGGGAGGGAAUUUCCCACCUGGAAUGGCUGAUUUGGGGUCUGGGGAGGGAAUUUCCCUCCUGGAAUGGCUGAUUUGGGGUCUGGAAAGGGAAUUUCCCACCAGGAAUGGUUGAUUUGGGGUCUGGGGAGGGAAUUUCCCACCAGGAAUGGCUGAUUUGGGGUCUGGGGAUGGAAUUUCCCACCAGGAAUGGCUGAUUUGGGGUCUGGGGAGGGAAUUUCCCACCUGGAAUGGCUGAUUUAGGGUCUGGGGAGGGAUUUCUCUACCAGGAAUGGCUGAUUUGGGGUCUGGAAAGGGAUUUUCCCCCAGGAAUUCCAAGGACAGGCAGCUGUUCCCAUCAGGGGGGUCCCCAGAGCUGCCCCCCAAGUCUCCCCCAGCCUGUGCUCUCUGCUGGGAGCAGCUCCAGGCUGCAGUGGUUAAAAGAUGCUGUCACUGCCCUCCUCUAGGUGGCUUUUAAUCCCUGAUAUUUAUUCAAAUCCUCCUUAGCUGUGGAUUCUCCCCCUCUCCUCGGGCACCUUCAUUUCCCAGAACUUCCCUCCAGGUUUCAGGGUGGCAGAGAAUGGAGCAGGGGUCACCCAGCAAUCACAGGAUUUGCACAACUCUGGGAAAAUUCAAAAACAAAAAAACCCUUUUGUUGAGUUCCUACCGUGGCAGGGGAGAGUGAGGAGCAGGAAUUUGGGGAUUUUUGGCAUAGUUGGCUGACUGAUCCCUUCGUACCAGAGCAGAGUUUUCCAGGGAAAACUCCAGAACACAGAACCCAAAGCAAUUUUAUUUUCUGUUUGCAGACCAGGGUGACAGCAUUAAGGUAGCUCAAACUUCUUGACAGUGUCCUUUUAAGUCAAUUAUCCGUCUUCAAAUGGACUCUUCCUGAUGUUUAUAUUUAUAAAUACCAAUAAACACCGUUUUCCAA